AUGGCGGCGCCCUGCAGGCUCCCGGCAACCCACGCGGUUCCGUACGGCAACAUGGCGGCGGCGCUGGUGCAGUACGUGGUGCUCCGCGGGGAUCUGGCGCGGCCUCCCCGCUCGUGGCCGCUCGGUGCCGUGGUGGCUCAGGGCUGCCACGCGGCGCUGGCCGCCGUUCACGGUUACCGGGAGCAUCCCGACACCGGAGCGUACCUGGAGCUGGGCGCCGCCAUGAGAACCGUGGUGCUGGAGGCUCCGGAUGAGAAUUCCCUGCUGGAUUUGGCGGAGUCGCUGAAGGAAAAAGGCAUCGAACACCGGCUUUGGAUGGAGAAUCCCGAGGGAAUUCCCACGUGUUUGGCGCUCCGGCCUUAUCCCAAAAAUCAGGUGCAACAACACCUCAGGAAAUUCAAGCUCCUCAAAUGACUCCAUCCUGAUUUUUCCAGCUGCUGCAGGAGGCUCUUCCCUUGUCCCGGCGGAGGCGGCGGAGCGGGAUUUUUAGGAUUGGCCAACGGAGCCGGCGGGUUGAGGUAGGGAUCUCCCACCAAAUUCACCGUGCACUGGACGUCGGCGAACACCUGG